AUGGACUCCCCCAUCACCUCUGUGGAGUCCUUCCGUUUCCUGGGCACCACCAUCACCCAGGACCUCAAGUGGGAGCCGACCAUCAGCUCCCUCAUCAAGAAGGCCCAGCAGAGGAUGUACUUCCUGCGGCAGCUCAGGAAAGCCAAGCUGCAGUUCUACACGGCCAUCAUCGAGUCCAUCACCUCCUCCAUCACCUCCUCCAUCAUCUCCUCCAUCACCUCCUCCAUCACCUCCUCCAUCACCUCCUCCUCCAUCACCUCCUCCAUCACCGUGUGGUUCGCUGGAGCCACAGUCAGGGACAAACAGAGACUACAGUGCAUUGUGCGCUCUGCAGAGGAAGUGAUCGGCCGCAGCCUUCCAUCGCUGCAGGACCUCGACAGAGCGACGUUAGCGAUCUGCUCCCGUUCUUUUCACACGGACGCUGGAGCAGAGAGGGGACCAGCAGGAGCAGAGAGGGGACCAGCAGGAGCAGAGAGGAACAGAGAGGGGACCAGCAGGAGCAGAGAGGGGACCAGCAGAAGCAGAGAGGGGACCCGCAGGAGCAGAGAGGGGACCCGCAGGAGCAGAGAGGAGCAGAGAGGGGACCAGCAGGAGCAGAGAGGGGACCAGCAGGAGCAGAGAGGAACAGAGAGGGGACCAGCAGGAGCAGAGAGGGGACCAGCAGGAGCAGAGAGGGGACCAGCAGGAGCAGAGAGGGGACCAGCAGGAGCAGAGAGGGGACCCGCAGGAGCAGAGAGGAGCAGAGAGGGGACCAGCAGGAGCAGAGAGGAACAGAGAGGGGACCAGCAGGAGCAGAGAGGGGACCAGCAGGAGCAGAGAGGGGACCAGCAGGAGCAGAGAGGGGACCAGCAGGAGCAGAGAGGGGACCAGCAGGAGCAGAAAGGGGACCAGCAGGAGCAGAGAGGGGACCAGCAGGAGCAGAGAGGGGACCAGCAGGAGCAGAGAGGGGACCAGCAGGAGCAGAGAGGGGACCAGCAGGAGCAGAGAGGGGACCAGCAGGAGCAGAGAGGGGACCAGCAGGAGCAGAGAGGGGACCAGCAGGAGCAGAGAGGGGACCAGCAGGAGCCACAUGGAGAGUCUGCUCCAGCGUCCAUGGGAAAAGCACAGAGCUGGUCGCUCGUGUUGCUGAGCCGCUGGAGGUUUGAAAUAGCUGAAGUGGUCAAGCCGGACUGA